AUGUCGUCACCGGAGCGUGGCCGUGGCUGGAAUGUGCCGCCGGGUGACAACCAACCUCGUCACUGCCUCCGAUUCCGUCCCCGCAUCUCGAUCCAUCUGUCCGCCUACAUUUUACGUGUUUACCGCGUCCCACGCUGGGUACGUAGGUACCUACGAUGUGCCGCUUCGCGUGUUGCAGGGGUGACUCCUGGUCAGUUGGUAGUGUCCGUUGAGAUUGACAGUCUCAGAGGAAGCAGCACUACUGGCAGCCUUGAUGCUUCAAUCGCAUCGCCGACUGUGUUCGCCCGCCCCGGGGCUUGCGGCUCGAGAGACGCCCAUGUCGUGGACUCGCCGACGAUAGCUUGUCGGGUUUGCUUUUGCUUUGGCCGCCCCAGUGGCCGGACGAGCGAGCAGACUCUUGCACAUGUCUUUCAAAAAGACCAACGCGAAGCUCUCCAAGCUGCCGCCACAAUGACGUAG